UCCUACACUGCUUACCAUUAGACUUACAGAUUACUUUACUUCAUGGCGAAUCAAGAUUCAUAACAAUAUCGAAUUCUUCUCGACAAAUUUUUAAAAGUACUUGAAAAGCAUUUUGUGUAUGUUGGAUUAAUUAAUAAACAACGAUAAUUAAUGAUGAAUACAUUUUGGAAAUAACGUUUUGUUAAAUCAGUUAAAUAGUUAAAUAAUACCGCUCAAGAUGAAAUGUCGGAAAUGUGCAUAACUUUUAAAGCUAGUAAUAUAUACAACGAUCAAUAACACUUAAUUAAUUUUUCAUUAAUAAAUGACUGACAGAAUGGCUAGUAGAGAAACAUCAAUUAAUUCAAAAAACUCGGAUGAUCAUAGUGUAGAGACAUUAGCAGAAGUCUUCAGGUGUUUUAUUUGUAUGGAAAAAUUGACAGAUGCACAUCUUUGUCCUCAUUGCAGUAAAUUAUGUUGCUACACAUGUAUCAGAAGAUGGUUAACAGAACAACGUUCUCAAUGUCCUCAUUGUAGAGCUUCCUUACUUUUACAUGAAUUAGUAAAUUGUAGAUGGGUUGAAGAAGUAACACAACAACUUGAUACACUUCAAGCUGUUGGUAUUUCAAAUUCUAGGCACGAUGAUUCCAGUAGAGAUAGGUGUACUGUGCACCGUGAGAAACUGUCUGUUUAUUGCUGGACUUGUCGUAGAUGUAUAUGUCAUCAGUGUGCUCUUUGGGGUGGCACUCAUUCAGGACAUACUUUUAAGCCAUUAGAAGAAGUUUAUGAACAACAUGUUACACAAAUAAAAGCAGAAGUAGGUCAAUUAAAAAGAAGAUUGAUGGAGUUAAUAAGCCUUGUUCAAGAAGUAGAACGAAAUGUAGAAUCUGUAAGAGCUGCAAAAGAUGAAAGAGUUAGAGAAAUCAGAAAUGCAGUAGAAUUAAUGAUAGCACGUUUAGAUUCUCAGUUAAAAGCUAAAUUAUUAACAUUAAUGAGUCAGAAAAAUUCUUUGACACUAGAAACAGAACAACUGGAAGCAUUAUUACAAGAAGUAGAGCAUCAAUUACACACUUGUACUCGUUCUGAACUUAUAAUUAAAAGUGCAGAUCUUUCGCGAAUGAUACAUCAAGUACGAAAAAAACCAAUGACUAGUUUUGUUACUGCUCCUGUUCCAGCAGAUUUUCAUAGUGAAAUUGUUCCGGGAUAUGAUAGUGCUACAUUUGCAAUGCAAAAUUUUACACAAUUACAAUUAAAAGCAGAUCCAGUAUAUUCUGCACCUUUACAUGUUAAUGGAUUAUGCUGGAGAUUAAAAGUAUAUCCUGAUGGAAACGGUGUUGUACGCGGAAAUUAUUUAUCUGUUUUUCUAGAACUAAGUGCUGGUUUGCCAGAAACAUCAAAAUAUGAAUAUAGAGUAGAAAUGAUUCACCAAGGAUCUCGUGAUACAAGUAAGAAUAUUGUUCGAGAAUUUGCUUCUGAUUUCGAAAUUGGCGAAUGCUGGGGAUACAAUAGAUUUUUCAGAUUAGAUUUGCUUGCAACUGAAGGAUAUUUAAAUACCGAAUUGGAUACUCUUAUAUUGCGGUUUCAAGUACGUCCACCAACGUUUUAUCAGCGUUGUAGAGAUCAACAAUGGUAUAUCAGUCAAUUACUUACAGUUCAAAAUCAAUAUGCUACUCAAAUCAAUGAAUUAAAAGAGAGAUUAGCAAUUGAAAUAUCACGGAAUGCUAUGGCAGCAACUCGAGUACCUAGUGGAGCAACUUUAUGUGGAUCAACAUCAAAUGUGACACCUAUGAUUAUGCAACAACAAUCACAAACUGCUGGUGAUUCAUUACUUAAUUCCAAUUCUACUCGUUCGGGUGAAACAUAUCAAAAUAGCACAUCCACAAGUAGAUCAGUACAAAAUGUACUUCCUGGUGGAAGUAACAGUGAUGUUUUAUCUGGAGAUCAAUUAAUGCCUAUGUGUGAAUUAGGAGAACCUUCAAAUAUGCGUCCUCUUGGUUCUUCUUCGACAUUAUCUUCUAUUUCAUCGAAAACAAGUUUAAAACAACACAGAGUAAAUAACUUAAGCGUCGUUGAAGCUGAACCACCUAAUAUGCAUAGUACAAAUGAUAGUUCUGUGGGAGAUUGUCCAGCUACAAGUACUCAUUCUCCACCUCCUUCAUAUUCUUCACCAACAGUUAAUCAACAACAACUGAAUCUUUUGUCUAGUAGCAGCAGUAGCGAUAGUGGAGAAUUAAGUGAACACGAUAUAUAUUUGGAUGAAUGCGAACAUAAUGAACCACAUCUAACACUUUUGGAUGACAAUUCUAAUGAUGAAAAUGAUGUAGAUGAUGAAACAAUGUCAGGAGAAAACGACGUAGAAGUUGCCGAAUCAUUAUCAGCGUGGAUUCAGAAUAAACAACGUACAAAACAACAGAAUAAUCGAGAAAGUACAGGAGAUAUUUGGAGAUUAGGAGGUUCUGAUAGUUUGGAAGAUGAGAUUAUGUUGCAGUUAUUUGAGAUGCAAGAUCGAAAUUCUGCUUGGACUUCAUUAUGUUUUAAUCAACAUGUAGAUGAUACUUGUGAUUCAAGAACAUCUUUAACAACUAUACAACAUCAUAAUUCUAAUCCUUUACAACCAGAACAUGAUUCAACAUGUAAUGAACAAUUUGCUGACAAACGUUCCACAUGUCCUUCACAUCUUUGUCAACCUCAAAUAAUAUGUAGUGGCAGAUCAAAAUUAAAUCAAUUACCCAAUAUUUGUCAGCAAGAAAUUUCUGGAUUAAUAGCUUGUGGAAGUCAAACAAGAUCUGAACCUGCAACUCGUUCAAAUUCAAUAGACUGUGAAAAAGAACUUCCAAAGAUAUCUAUGGUUAAUAAAGUUAAUCAUGAAGUAGAAAUAUCUAGAUCUGAUUUGAUAGUGCCAAAUGUAGUACUGGAUAGUAAUAAAAUAGUAUCAAAACAUUUAUUAUCACGACGACAAUCUUCGCCAUCAUCGUCUACUAAUGUUAGUAUUAUAAAUAAUGAAAAUAGCAAAAUAUUUGAAUUUGAACAAUUGCUGGAAACUAUUCAAUUAUCUCCGAUAUCUCAAAAAGAUACUGCCAGUUGUUUCAAUAAAUUAAGGAAAAAUAUUCCAUUAGAAGGAAAAUCUAAUGGUUGCAUCACUGCCACUAUAAAAUCUACUGCACUUUCUUUAGGACAUGAUGUUCCAUUAUCGUCCACAAGCAGCACAGAUGCUAUUCCGAGUUCCAAUAAUUACAGUUGGGCGCCUGCAUUAUAUCAACAUAAACACGGUCAGAAAAAUAUUUUAGAGGCUACUGCAUCAUCUAAUGAUACUUCCAAUAAAUGUACUGCAGAAAAAUCGUUAGAAGAAACUAAUUCGUGAAAUUAAAUUUGAGCUGUAUCUGUGACAUUUAA